AUGUUUUAUCUUUACCGGAAAUUGAACGGGCUGAAUUGCAGAUAUUUCCAUGUAGUGAGGGCAAGCUCUGCUGAAUCACAUUACGAAGGUGGAUUAUUUAAGUUGGAAUUAUUUUUACCGGAGAACUAUCCAAUGUCUCCUCUAAAUGUGAGAUUUUUGACAAAAAUCUUUGACCCUAAUAUAGAUAAGUUAGGAAGAAUAUGUUUAGAUAUUUUAAAAGACCAGUGGUCGCCAGCUCUUCAAGUUAGAAUAGUUCUCUUAUCUGUUCAAGCAUCAAUAAUCAGCCCAAACCCUGAUGAUCCUCUUGCAAAUGAUGUUGGUAAUAUGUGGAAAAAUAAUUUAAUAUCAGUCGUGCCUAUAUGA